AUGAGCAGGUAUUCAGGUGUGAAGUGUGAACUCUGUUGUAGGAAAUACAAAAACCUGUCGCUGAUGUUUGUGUUGGUGACCGAAAAGAGGAAUACAGUAUGGAGUUCAGAGGGAGAGGUGCACAUCCCCCACACCAGCAGCCUCCCUGGAUCUGUGCCAGGUCAGGUCAGAGGGAGAGGUGCACACCCCCCACACCAGCAGCCUCCCUGGAUCUGUGCCAGGUCAGGUCAGAGGGAGAGGUGCACAUCCCCCACACCAGCAGCCUCCCUGGAUCUGUGCCAGGUCAGGUCAGAGGGAGAGGUGCACAUCCCCCACACCAGCAGCCUCCCUGGAUCUGUGCCAGGUCAGGUCAGAGGGAGAGGUGCACACCCCCCACACCAGCAGCCUCCCUGGAUCUGUGCCAGGUCAGGUCAGAGGGAGAGGUGCACAUCCCCCACACCAGCAGCCUCCCUGGAUCUGUGCCAGGUCAGGUCAGGUCAGAGGGAGAGGUGCACAUCCCCCACACCAGCAGCCUCCCUGGAUCUGUGCCAGGUCAGGUCAGGUCAGAGGGAGAGGUGCACAUCCCCCACACCAGCAGCCUCCCUGGAUCUGUGCCAGGUCAGGUCAGGUCAGAGGGAGAGGUGCACAUCCCCCACACCAGCAGCCUCCCUGGAUCUGUGCCAGGUCAGGUCAGAGGGAGAGGUGCACAUCCCCCACACCAGCAGCCUCCCUGGAUCUGUGCCAGGUCAGGUCAGGUCAGAGGGAGAGGUGCACAUCCCCCACACCAGCAGCCUCCCUGGAUCUGUGCCAGGUCAGGUCAGGUCAGAGGGAGAGGUGCACAUCCCCCACACCAGCAGCCUCCCUGGAUCUGUGCCAGGUCAGGUCAGGUCAGAGGGAGAGGUGCACAUCCCCCACACCAGCAGCCUCCCUGGAUCUGUGCCAGGUCAGGUCAGAGGGAGAGGUGCACAUCCCCCACACCAGCAGCCUCCCUGGAUCUGUGCCAGGUCAGGUCAGGUCAGAGGGAGAGGUGCACAUCCCCCACACCAGCAGCUUCCCUGGAUCUGUGCCAGGUCAGGUCAGAGGGAGAGGUGCACAUCCCCCACACCAGCAGCCUCCCUGGAUCUGUGCCAGGUCAGGUCAGGUCAGAGGGAGAGGUGCACAUCCCUCACACCAGCACCUUCCCUGGAUCUCUGCCAGGUCAGUCGCAACAUGGUAGAAGAGGUAGAGAAAACUGUCCUAGAAGAAUCCUACAAGGUUGCCAUAGGUAACCGAGGCGGGUCUGAGAUGGACGCAUAA